GUUUACGACAAGAGACCGCUCCAAGUCGUUCUUGUCGAUCUGCCAAGUCUUCGUCUAACGUCUGAUACCAAGUGUUUCGUGAUCGGGAAAAAAUGCAACGAGCAAUUACGACCUUUUCGCGGAAUAUCUCUGCGUUAAGUCACAUAAGAAUGUCUGGAGAACGUGGUUCCGGUGCUGGAAAAGGAGGUGGUAGUGGUGGUGCCAUUCGUGAUGCUGGUGGUUCCUUCGGAAAGAUGGAAGCUGCCCAUGAAGAUCAAUACUUUUAUAAUCUGCAAAAGGAACAAUUACAAAAGAUGCGAGAGAGCCUCCACGAUGAAAUCUCAUUCCACGAGGAACAGAUUAAGCGUCAUCAGGAAGCUAUAAAUCGUCACAAAAAGCGAAUGACAGAUAUGGAACAGAAAGAGUGAAUGCGUGAAGAAAUUUUAUUAGCGUGAUAUUUCUGAUUUUGGCAAUACUAUUAAUUUCAAUAUAAAAAGAUUGGAAAUAGUAGAAAUAAUAGAAUAUCGCAGCAUUUCUUUUCUUAUGUACAAAAUGUUAAAAAGAUAUUAAAUGAAAUGCUCUCAAUUAACAUUAUUUAAGCAUAAACUCAUUGAAUAUUAUAUAUAUUGGUUAUCUUUUUGGGGAGACUAUCGUAAGAGGUCUUUGUACUUUAAAUGUCUGAAAGACAGUUAUAUACGUGAGAAUAAAACGUGUUUUUCAUUGUUGUUAAA